UGAUGCAAUGGAUGAUGGGAUUGGGUUUGGACUUGACGACGGUGAAGUGAUGGAUAGGGGGUUUACUCAGUGGGAGUUGUCUGUAAGGGAUGGGGGAUGGUUGCUGGGGGUAUUCUUGUAUUUUGUUUGGAUUCUUCGAGGGCUUGAGAAGGGUGGACUGGUUUCGACCCUCGGUGUUCAUUUUUCUUUGGGGAUUGUUUAUAUAUUACCGACUAUAUUUGAAGCAUUAUUGUUACCGUGUCAGUAAUGAGAAAAAGGGUAUAUUGCGUACAAAUUGAACUACCCCCCGAUUCUGAAAGUUACAGAAUGCUUCAGGUUUCUAUCAUGUAUCCCAGUCGUAGCA